GAAGAUAGUCAACGUGCACAUCCUGAACGCUAAAUAUUAGAGGUCCAAUUUCGUCAACAUGAGCGACGCCGAGCAGAAUAUCAAGCCGGAGACUUCUGAGGACAACCAGCUAAAUAUCAAGGUCAAGGAUGCUGAUGGAUUCGAGGUCUUCUUCAAGGUCAAGAAGACCACAAAACUCUCAAAGCUGAAGAAGGCAUACGCUGAGCGAAUGGGAAAACCAGUAUCGUCAGUCCGUUUCAUGUUUGAUGGCGCCCGAGUGAACGAUGAGGACACUGCAGACACGCUUGGGUUGGAGGAUCAGGACGAGAUCGACGCGAUGAUCGAGCAGCUCGGUGGCAUGAGUCUUUGAGACUCAUCUGCACAUAUGCUUGACCGGCACUUUCUCGGGGUCACCAGCGGACAUGCGAGCGCGUCGUAUAAAGGGGUGGCUCUUCUGCGCGAUGUGCCUGCUGCACACUGCCUGUUGUAAUGUAUGCGGAAUGGCCGCUUGCAGAGCGCCUUCCGGCCACGGGGAAUGUCAGGCAGGCAAAUGGAUUGGCAAUGAAGAGAAA